AUGAGCUGUGACAUAUGCACUCGUACUCAAGCAUCCGCGUUUUUAUGCGCAACAUGUGCUCGGAAUCGACUUUACCAGCUACGCUUCGAUAGCGCCAGUGUCAUUUUGGAAAGAGAAUACCUAGGUCAGCAAAUUGAAGCUGCUAUAAACGCAGACAACGAACAUGAAAAGUGUUUGAGUGGCCGGGGAAAUAAUAGUGCGGAAUUGGAGGAGGGCAGGCCCCGACUCUGGACCAUUCAGAGGAUUAAAAAUGAGCAGUCACGGUCAGCAGCGAGAAUAGAAAUUGUCGCGAACCAUAUCAAAAGCCUCCAAUCUCGGAUCAAAGAUAAGAGUCUCGACAUAUCUCAACGCAAGAUAAAGUUAACGCGACAACGGUCCGACUCUGAAUCUGCUCUAUACCAGCUGUCAGAACGAGAGUCGGGAAUGUUGAGCGGUAUCCAAAAUAUUAUCAAGAGAACGGAUCAUCUUUGGCAUGCCAACCACACCAAGACAGCUGAGGCUCGGAUAUUUCUCUGCCGGGAGGCUGCUAGCCUCUACGGUUUGAGGCAAAAUGUGAGGAAAAAUAACAAUGGAAUGAAGGAAACAUAUACUAUUGGAGGUGUGGGUAUCCUUGACCUUCGGGAAAUGAAUGGGAAGUCUCUACCUUACUCUGGUGUGAAGCAAUUUGUUAAUACUCAUACAGGCGCCGCACCUGACCAUAUCUCGACGUCGUUUUCCUACAUUGCCCACAUCCUUGUUCUUGUUUCCAACUAUUUAUCACUGCGGCUCCCGGCAGAGAUAACGCUUCCUCAUAAGGACUAUCCGUUGCCCACAAUUUACACACCCUCUGCAUCAUAUCUUCCACAGGAAUUACGUGCCGUGCCGUUUUCCGACCAGUUGCCGUCUUCGAGGCCGACAUCGCGCACAGCAUUGGCACACGCUUCUUUUCCCCGGCCACGGCCUCUCUGUAUUGACAAAUCUCUUCCAAAGUUAGCCAAGGAGGAUCCUGGGACUUAUGCUCUCUUCAUCGAAGGGGUCACACUGCUGGCUUGGAAUGUGUCUUGGCUUUGUCGUAGUCAAGGGCUCAAUCUAGGGUCCGAUUCCUGGGAAGACGUCUGCGAUAUUGGGAAGAACCUGUGGCAGCUUCUUGUGGCGCCUCCCGGGCAGUCAUCUGCUCUGAUCGCAACCCGCAAGGGCUCUUACCAAACCAGAGCCCACAAAGAUUUCCCGAGGACCAUGAUUCAGCGAACAAAGUCCUUUCCAAUGCUUGGUCAUUAUUCACAUGGCACCGCACACUCUUUCUUAGGUGCAUCUGAGGGGACAGAGUUCGUCCGAAAUUGGAAGCUUCCAUCUCCAACGAAGGUUGUUGACGGGUUGAAGUCAACUCUUCUUGGUGAAAUGGCUAGUGCAGAGUGGGAAUUGCUUGAAGAAAAUGAAUGGGACGAUUCUCGGCAACCAGUUUCCCACGAAUCUUCCCAUGGCUCAGACUUGCCGCACGAUGAUCAGUCUAGUUAUACCUCAGAUACAAUAACUUUGGCACCUAAACUUGGUGCGCCUGAUGCCCCCGCCAUUGCGGCUCGCUCAAAAGGGACCAGCGGGUGGACUAAACUUAGACAUAGGUGA